AUGGGUUCUCGCCACUUGACAGUGGGGAUUAUCUUCUUGUCCCAGACUGGUGUUGGAAUGCUGGGGAAUUCCUCCUUCUUUGUCCUGUAUUGCUUGGUUUUCUGCACUGGACUCAAGUUGCGACUCUCAGACCACAUACUCAAACAUUUAUGCCUAGCCAACUGCUUGGUCCUUCUCUCUAAGGGAAUCCCUCAAAUAAUGACAUCUUUUGGGAGGAACGAUUUUCUAGAUGAUCAUGGAUGUAAAUUUUUGUUUUAUGUUCACAGAGUGGCCCGGGAAGUAUCUCUCUCUUCCACUUGCCUCCUGAGUGUUUUCCAGGCCAUGACAGUUAUUCCCAGUAAGUUCAGGUGGACUAAACUCAAAGUCAGAGCCCCAAAAUAUAUUGAGCAUUUCUGUUUCUUGAUCUGGGUACUGCAUCUUCUGGGAAACAUAUUGGUUCCUUUGAAACUGUUUGCCUCAAGAAACACCACUCAGAACCAUUUCAUAUACUGCAGUGCUGAUUAUGCUACUCUCAAUUCUAUAUACCAUGCCUUGUUUCAUGGCUCCAUUGAUGUGAUUUGCUUGUGCUUCCUGAUGUGGACCAGUGGAUCCUUGGUGCUUUUUCUCCACAGGCACAAACAGCAAGUCAAGUAUAUUCGCAACUACAGACACAAUUCCAGUCUCUCUCCAGAGACAAAGGCUACCCAGAGUGUUCUGAUUCUUGGAUGCACCUUUGUCUUUUUUUUCACACUUUCUUCCAUUUCUUCUACCUGUGUCACUUUCCUUAUUGUUCCUGAAUGGUGGAUUUUGGACAUAAAUAUAUUCCUGGAUGCAUGUUUCUCGACUAUCAGCCCUUUCAUGCUCAUCUGUAGCCAUAGCCAUAUUUCUAGGCUUCUUGUUAUUUUGUGUGAGAGAAACCAAAUAUUUCAUAGAUUUCACAUAAGUCACAAGUCCACAAGAAUCUGUUGA